CCAGCGUCCAGACGCCGGCAGACUGACGACGACGACGCUUUUACUUUUUUCAAACAUCUCCGGGCGACGGAUCUAAUAAUAAAAUUUUCUCUCUUUAUAAAUUGAUAGUGUGAUUACAAAAUAAUGAGUUUUUAAGUAGUUUUUCGGACAGGCUACUUGAUAGGGGGCUGUAAACGCUUUUGAAUUGUUAUUUGUUUAAAAUAAAGUUUUCGCGCGGUUAUUGCCCCGUGAAAUUCUUUUAUAGGAUAUUGUGGAUACCUUUGCAAACAUUACGGACAUAAUUAGUUCAAAGGACGACAGUUCAUCUGACGUCCAUGAUUCUAUAAUGACCGCAAAAACCAAGCGGCUUGCCGGCGCCGAACCUAUCAGAAGAGCCAAUAAACCACUAAUGGAGAAACGACGUAGAGCGCGCAUCAACCAGAGCCUCGCGGCCCUUAAAACCCUCAUUCUGGAUUCUGCUAAAGCCGAUAAUACCAAACACUCCAAGUUGGAAAAGGCGGAUAUCCUCGAGUUGACCGUAAGGCAUUUUCAACGGCAUCGCAGUCUGGACGUCAAAGGAGUCAACCAGUAUAAAGCAGGUUACUCUGACUGUGUAAGGGAAGUUCAAAGAUACCUAGAGACUCCGGACGCUCAAACAAUGACUGUCAUUGAUUCCGGCGUAAGGCAAAGGCUGUUAAGGCACUUGGAUAAUUGCGUGUCCGAGGUGGAUGUAGAUUUAAGACAGGCAACGCAAAUGGUACCCCCUGUGGAAGAACGACUACAUCCUGACUCGUCCACUUUGGAAGAAGUAAAUAAUAACACACAGUGCAAUUCUAGAGUUGAGAUGAAAGCUGAAGACCCCAAAGCUAUCAAAAAUUAUGAUAAGAAUUUUGUACUGCUUCUUCCAGAGCAUUAUGUUCAACUAGCCAAUGCUCUGGGGGUAAAUUUGAGACAACCCAGUGAUGAAGCGCCGAGUCCAGGACCUUCUGGAGGAAAAGUUGAAGAAAAUAAAGAGCUAAGGCCCAAAGCUGAAAAGCCGUUGGAUUUCAGUAAAGGGAAUGAGUCUGUUGACAGUAUGUGGAGGCCGUGGUAAUUUUCUUGUAAAGUUUUGUAUCAUUCAUAUUAGAUAUAGUGCAAUAUUUUGUUAGUUUUUGCUCAGUUAUUAAUGGUAGAUUGUCUUCUACUAAUAUUGUGAUAUAUUGGUUUAUUAUAUUAUAACCUUCAUUAUUCUAGUCAGUAAUCCAUAAAAAGUUUUCCUUAUUUCAUUGUAAAAAUUGUAUAUAAUAAAAAAUGCCUUUAUUAUAAGAAAAUAUUUUAUAAAUUGUAUAGAGAUCUCAAAAGUUAUAGAGUAAUUUUAUUAUAAUUAAUUUAAUAUUAUCAGAGGAUGAUCUUGAAAAACUAUUAUUUUCAAUUACUAGUUUUGUUAUUGCUUUAUCUAUCUAUUUUUGUGUUGUAUAUAUAAUAUCCACUUUUAAUAAAGUUAAAUAUUUUAGAAAAUUUAAUUGUUGAAUUGAUUUGACAAGUACUUAGGUUUAUACGGUUACUUUAUUGUAAAUAAGAUUACUUUAGGUGUACUGUACAGGGCAUUAUUAGAAGCCUAUAUAACCUUGUCUCAAAAUCUACAGGGUGUUUAAGAAAAAAUUAAAUUCAAAGCGUUUUAGA